AUGGCACUAUCGAAACCAAUUAUGAAUUUGUUGGCGUCAUACUUACAGAACUUGUAUAUUCAUCCAAUUAAAACGAAAGCUAUUACCAGCUGUGUUGUUGGUUCAGCUGGUAGCAUUGCAUCUCAGUUAGUGGCUGGACAGUCAUUGAGACUGGACCCAAUUCUAGCUUUUGGUUUAUAUGGAUUACUCUUUGGUGGGACGAUUCCUCAUUACUUCUAUGAAUUUGUUGAAAGAAUUUUUCCUUAUGAGUCCACAGCAUUUCCUUUGGCGCAGAAACUAAUGUUUGAGAGACUUAUUUUUGCACCAUUCAUGCAAGCAUUUUCCUUAUACACACUCGCAAGAUUUGAGGGUAAAAAUCAUAGUGCGGCUUUAAAACAGUUAAAAGCUCUAUACUUGACUGUUUUGGAAGCUAAUUGGAAAUGGCUGACACUGUUUCAAGUUAUAAACAUGGCAUUUAUACCACCUAUGCUCAGAGUUCUGUUUAUGAAUUUGGUCGGUUUUGGUUGGGCCAUGUUUGUAGCCUCAAAGAGAAGACAACAAAGUCAGAAGAAAUAA